ACCACCAUAAGUACCUUCUUCACACCAGUUAGGCCCCUUCACCCGCUCCAAGCCGCAUCGCUCCAUCCAAGCAUUGCUUCCGCUGUACAAAGUUGUUGCGCCGAGGCAGAGCAGAUACGUACCCGGUCGAGGCGUCCGUCCGUCCAUGGGGUCCGUGGCGAGCUCCUGCUGCGGCGGCGCCGAGAAGGUGGGGCACGGGUGCGUGAGCGCGUCGUCCGGGGCGGUGGCGGGCACGGGCAGCGGCGGCGGCAGCUCGUGGAGGAUCUACAGCUACAAGGAGCUCCACGCCGCCACGGGCGGCUUCAGCGAGGAGAACAAGCUCGGCGAGGGCGGCUUCGGCAGCGUCUACUGGGGCAAGACCCCCGACGGCGUCCAGAUCGCCGUCAAGCGCCUCAAGCCCAACAACAACAACUCCAAGGCCGAGAUGGAGUUCGCCGUCGAGGUCGAGGUGCUCGCCCGCGUCCGCCACCGCAACCUGCUCGGCCUCCGCGGCUACUGCGCCGGCGCCGCCGCCGACCAGCGCAUGAUCGUGUACGACUACAUGCCCAACCUCAGCCUCCUGUCCCACCUCCACGGCCAGUUCGCCUCCGACGCCACCCUCGACUGGCGCCGCCGGGUCGGGGUUGCCGUCGGUGCCGCCGAGGCGCUCGUGCACCUACACCACGAGGCGUCGCCCAGCAUCAUCCACCGCGACAUCAAGGCCAGCAACGUGCUGCUUGACUCCGACUUCGCGCCGCUCGUCGCUGAUUUUGGCUUCGCCAAGCUCGUCCCCGACGGCGUCUCCCACAUGACCACCAGGGUCAAGGGCACGCUGGGGUACCUCGCGCCGGAGUACGCCAUGUGGGGCAAGGUCUCGGGCGCCUGCGACGUGUACAGCUUCGGCAUCCUUCUCGUCGAGCUGGUGUCGGGCAGGAAGCCUAUCGAGAGGCUGCCGUCGGGUGCCAAGCGCACCAUCACCGAAUGGGCGGAGCCGCUCAUCGCCCGCGGCCGGCUCGGUGACCUCGUGGACCCGCGCCUCCGGGGCGUCUACGACGCGGCGGAGCUGGCGCGCAUGCUCGAGGCCGCCGCGCUCUGCGUGCAGGGGGAGCCCGAGCGGCGCCCGGACAUGCGCGCCGUUGUGCGGAUCCUGCGCGGCGAGACUGCGGCUCCUGACGGCGCGGCGGCGGCAGCCUCCAAGGGGGGCAACGACGCCCAGGUCCGGCCUGCGGUGAGGAUGGAGAGCGUCAAGUACGCGGACCACCUGAUGGAGACGGAGAACAGCGUGUACUCCGGCGACCGGGACGAUGACGAGGAAGACGACGAGAAGGAGGCCGCGGACUACAGCAGCGACGAGGUGGAGGAGUACUCGCUGAUGGACGACCAGAGCAGCAUGAACUUCGGCGUGUUCGGCGCCAUGCCGGUGGUGCCGGUGCAGACCAUGCACGACCCCUACGUCAGGAGGUUUGGAGGAAACGGCGUCAAGAUAUGAUC